AUACACUGGGGGUUCCCCCAACAUCACGCGCCCCUUCCCGGCGACCGUACCGUAUUAUCCCAUUCUUUCGCCUUUGUUCAUUCAACCCUAAUUUCCCUCUUUUCUCCGAUGCCGGACUUUCACGAUUCACUCACACCGCCGUCACGCCCUGUCCCCGUUCGCGAGGAUUGCUGGUCUGAAGAAGCCUCAUCUACUCUUGUAGAUGCAUGGGGUCGCCGUUACCUCGAACUUAACCGUGGUAACCUCCGUCAGAAAGAUUGGCAAGAUGUCGCCGACGCCGUUAACGCUCUUCACGGUCACACUAAGAAGACUCAUCGUACCGAUGUUCAGUGUAAGAAUCGAAUCGAUACAAUAAAAAAGAAGUAUAAGAUCGAGAAAGCUAGGGUUUCGUCUUCCAACGGUGUCGUUUCUUCCUCUUGGCCUUUCUUCGAACGAUUAGAUGCUUUGAUCGGACCUAAUUUCAGUGCGAAAAAAUCUUCCUCUUCGCCAUCGCCGUCGCCGCCGGUUGCUCUCCCUUUGUUACCUCAUCGUAAAUUCCAUCCUUCCUUACCUGCGAUUUCCGUGCCGCCGACCGCCGUGGCGCUUCCGCAGAAGCGAUCUAUUGCAGCGGCGAUGGAUAAUGGUUACUUUCGGAGGAAUUAUUCUGCGGUAGCGGCUGCUGCUGCUGCUGCAGAGGCCGAUGAGGAAGAGGAAGAAGAAGAAGAGGAGGAAGUAGAAGAGGAAGAGGAAGUGGAAGUGGAAGUGGAAGAACAUGAACACGAAGAAGAAGGGAGGGGAAGUGAAGUGGAGGAAGGAGAUAAGGAGAGGGAAGGAAUGAAGAGGUUGGCGAAGGCGAUAGAAAAAUUCGGUGAAAUGUAUGAGAGAGUGGAGGGACAGAAACUGAGGCAGAUGGUGGAUUUGGAGAAACAAAGGAUGCAGUUUGCUAAAGAUCUUGAAGUUCAGAGGAUGAAGAUGUUUAUGGAUACACAAGUUCAGCUGGAGAGAAUUAAGCGUGGAAAACGAUCUGGGUCUAAUGACAUGUAUAGCUAGCCAAGUGGGCGAUGGUUCGAUGAUGCUGCUGCUCGGAAUGCCAUCUUGCUUUGGUUAUAGUCAGGGGAAAGUAAAUAUCUCAGCUGAUACUGUCAUGAGGGAAUCUCUAAAUAGAAAUUUGUGGAAGAGUAAUUUUGGAUUCUUUUAGCUAGCUUUUAAUUUUGUUAUUAGCCCUUAUAAAUUAAUUCAGCAACUGUACUAAAGCCUAAUUCGGGCCCCCACUUAGAAUUUGCUCCAAUGUAUAACUCUUCUAUAUGUCUUGUCUCCUUCUCUGUUCUCCCAUUUUUA